AUGGGAAACUUUUACGAAAAUUUCUCCAUGCAUACUGAAUAUGGAGCAGUGGCAGCAACUGCAGCAGCCAUCAUCAUCUUUGGAGGCAUUUAUGUUGCAUGGGAUUAUGCAAGUCGUGCUCUAAAAAGAAAACAUGUUCUGUCGAGGUCCAUGUCCAUUGGGGUUCUCCAUGGUGGCAAACUGUCGUUGCAGAGAAUGAUUAAUUAUCAUCAAGCCGGAGCAGAUCCACAAAUAGCAGAUAGACCUGAGAAUGAUUUGAAUUCAUUACUUAACGCCACGCAUCCUGAUUUAUGGAAGCUGCGGUUAUUCAAUUUUCGUAACCGCGAGCGCUCCACCUUAGACGAUUGUGAAUUUUGCUUGAGGCUGGAAAUGAGUGGAAAAGAAGACGAGGCAGUGAGAACACUAGAAAAAGCAUUUAUAAAGACCCGGAAGGAUCGGAAAGCACAUGAAGCCUACGAGAUUGAAAUGUUAGUUGUGGAAAUGCUUAUCUACAAGGUGUACUUGAACUUCACACCCUGA